CCGAGGCGUAAAGACGUGUCCUCUGUGUCGAUUGUUCUCAGAAUCGCGAACGUAAAUACGAUGUCGUGUGUAAUGUGGUUGUGAAAGUGUGUGUAAUGGUGUGUUGUGGUGCUCUGGAAUGGUGUUUGUUGAUCAGGAGACCCCACCAUAGUUGCUGGUGACAAAAUGCCCACGAUGCUCAGUCUCCUCAGCAUCACACUCUUGACCAUCGCAGCUGAACAAGUGUACGCACACGACACCACCAAGGAGCACCAGGGGCUUCAACCCUGCGGCGGACACUUGAAGGGUCCCGUGGGCACGAUCACCACCCCAAACUUCCCCAACCCUUUCCCCGUCCCGAUAAAGUGUAAAUGGAUAAUAGAGCAUGACAUAGUGAAUGGGACCAUCUCGGUAUACUUCACGCAGCAGUACACCACCACUGGACUCACCUUCACCGAGUACUUGUACUACGAUGAGUCGUACAAGCUCGGGGAGCGAAGGGCACUCACCCUCACUGACGAGAAUAUUACAAAAAUCAAAUGGCUUCAGGUCCAAAGUCCAAUACUAGUGGUGGAGCUGAACCUGAACCGGAUAGAAGGCACGCAGCUGCGCGCGCUGGGGCUGCUGGCCGUGUACGGGUUCAACGUGACGUACGAGGUGCGGCCGGCCACGCAGGCGCCGGGGCCCAGCUCCUGCAGCGCCAUCGAGUGCCGCCUGCUGGGACACUGCUAUGCUAGGCACGAUUAUCAGGAGUUUUACUGUUCGUGUUUCGAGAAUUACUCCGGCGUGGACUGCGGAGUCGGUCCGUUGUGUCCCACCACCUCCAACAUGUGUAAAAAUGGCGGCACCUGCAGACAGAUGGGCCCGGCCGCCGUCAGCUGUAUCUGCGCGCCCGGCUACACGGGGGACCUGUGCGAGGCCCAGGUAGCAGCGCCUGAAUGCGGUGUAGAAGAAUGUAAAGAAGUCUGCAAAGAAGGAAACUGUCAUUGUAAACCCAAAGACACGGACUUCACUUCAGCGCGAUACGAAACAAGACUGCAAAUAGUGGACCUACCCAAUGAAAACAUAUCAGAAGAAAUUGUGAAACAGUUGACAAGCUACUUGAGGUUAUCAAAUAUAACAUUGGAAGAUGACAUCGAAGUUUUAAAUGUAAGUUCAGUGGCAGUGGGUGGCGUACGAGAGGCGUGGGUGCGUGUGUGGGGUGCAAGACGAGAGGCCGCCGCCGUACGCGGAGCUCUGGCGCGCCUCGCCGCCGCACGCGCACGAUCCCCGACGUUACGCCUGUUGCCAACCGCGCUACACGUCGAUAUGCACCCUGCACUAACAUUGCAAGCUUUACUUAUAAACCAACGACCAGAAGUAUGGGAGGGAUCAGAAUUCAUAUUAACUUGUAUGGCGUACGGAUCCCCUUACAUUGCGUUCACAUGGUACAAAGACGGUGUCAAAAUAAACUUCAAUGGAACUACAAGAGACAUUUGGACACGCACGGUGGCAGAAGAUGCACUGGGUCGUCGCUUGUCAGUGCUAGGUGUAUCAGAAGCGGAGAAAUUGGACAGUGGCAAGUGGUCGUGUGCAGCAGACGAUGCUGGCAGGAGACGCUGCAGAGCGUUGAGACUGACAGUGCUGCGACCACCUGAGAUACGCCUGGUGCCAUCUACAUUGACUGUUAAUAAAGGUGAUAAUGUAAGUAUAACGUGUCUGGCGGGAGCUGGGCGAGUGCAUGGUGCUCUUGGAUUUAGUUGGGCAAGAGAGAGGACUCUGCUACCUAUGGCACCAGGUAGAGAGGUCUGGGAGGAUCUGUAUCCAGCAGGAAGUGUGCUAAAGCUUUAUAAUGUACAGAAAUCCAGUGAGUUCCGAUGUCAAGUAUCAUCAGUGGCUGGCACCAACGCCAAAGCGGUAACCAUGUGGGCUUUGGGAACUGAUGACGCGGCGUGUGAGAGUGACACCUCCCACGGCUUGCGCUGGCCGAAGACCGCUCCUGGAGCACAUGCUACUGCUUCCUGUCCUCCCGGACAUAGUGGGGAAACUACAAGAUUUUGUGAGCCGAAGACGGGGCAGCAUGGCGUCAAAUGGAAGCAACCCGAUUUUUCCGGUUGUGUUGCAGACUCAUUGAGGGAUAUUUAUGAACAGUUCACAUUGAUAUCGAUGGGGUACUCGUGGGGCUCAGUGUCGCACGUGUCGCGUCAGUACGGCGCCGUGCUGCGCUCCCUGCCCACACACCCGGGCGAGGGCGAGCCUCCCCUCACUCACGCAGUACACAUGCUCAACUACCUCAUGUCUCCUGCCGGCCAGCCAACUGACAGAUACCACAGCGCGGAACAUCUGCUCAAUAUUUACGACAAUCUGCUCAAACACCCUGAUGCCUUUUUGGAUGAAGAGAAAGUCGUUGAUCUUCAAAACGCUGUGGUGGACACAGCUGGUCUGAGGAGUAACCUGGACAAGCGCUUCCACGAGUUUACAGUAAAAACGAAAGGCGUACACAAUGACAUUGCAGCACAUUUCGAUCUUCAACCAUAUUUGGUGAAUGAGGAGUGGAUUGUGACUUCAGUAGGGGUCGAAUUGGCUGCCAAAGCGAGCAACACUACUGUAGUGACUGUACUGUACCAUAAUUUGGGAGCACGGUUGCCAUCGUUGAGAAGAUACGUCGAGUACAAGUCUGGUUGCGCGACGCAGUACACAGCAGCAUCGCAGCAAGUACAAGUAUCCGUCAGCGGUGCAGGAGUGGACUCUACGCUGCCUCAUACUGUUACACUGUUGUUCGCACAUUCCAAGAAUUACAGCGCUAAUGCUCCUCAGCUUUCAUGUGGGAGUCGAUCGCGUUCCUCGCCUCGUGUAUGGAGCUCCCACACUUGUGAGCUGCGCGUACAAGAGCAUACUCUUGUCGCCUGCCGCUGCAGAGGUCUCGCCACCAUUGCUCUGUUCACUGUCGACAGCUCUUCGCUCACAGACUCCGAAACGGACCUUCGAGGUAUUGUUAAAAUCACAGUGAGCCUGGGAAGUGCGAUGUGUCUGGUGGCAGCGUUACUGCAGUUGCUGAGCUUGGUCGUAGGAAACGAAACCAAGCUACCAGUGAUGCUGAAAGCUGCUACGGCUGCCACGCAUUCAGCUUCUCUACUGGCUUUAUUGGAAUGCGAUACAAGACAUCCGCCUGCAUGUGUAGGACCAUUGGGUUGGGCAGUGGCUGCGUGUUGGUGUGCUGGCUGUGCCGCAUUGUGUGCUCAACCAUUGCUGCUGCACACUGAGCUGGCUGCCACAGCCACUCGAGCACCUUCUGUCGGUCUACUGGCAGGUGUGAGCACCAUGUGCUGGCUGACAGCUCGACUGUGGGGUGGAUCACCUCUUCAGCUGGGUGCAGCAGCUAAUGCAGUCUGUGGAGCUGGUGCUGCGUUAUUAGCAGCGCUCACACUUUGCCUUGCAGUCUGCGCUGCAAGGACGUUACGGACGGUGACCCACAAGCUGCCGCCCGACAGACGCGAGUACGUGCGGGAUCGCGCGCGAGUGGUGCGCCAUACAUUAGUGCUUCUCUUCACCACUACAGCGACACAGGCAGCAGGAGUAGCCUACGCGCAGCCUGGCGAGAGGACCAUGUCUCUCGUUGUAUCAUUGUCUAUAGCUUCGUUAGCUAAUGGUCUAGCUAUGUUAAUAUGCUAUCUAAUCUGCGAUGAGGAGUGUCUACGAGCAGCUCGGCGAUUACUCACACUCUCCACAAAUAACGAAUGGCAGGGUACCACGGAGGGAGACACGUCACUUAGUUUGUACAUAAGACAAGGUCGUGAGAUGGAGUGUCGCGGCGCAGUGGGCUCGUUGGAGUGCUCCUCGUCCCACGUGUCGCCCGCCAACACGUACUGGCGCGCCACGCCGCUGCAGAGCCCCUUGCACCGGCGCGGGUCGAGCGGCGCGUGUGUGGCGGACAUAGUGCGCUGUGUGGAGUACAAGCAAGCACUGCCACCACCACGAGUCACGGAGACACGAGCACUCUGCGACCUCAUACCCACAGCUGGUAGUGCGGGUGCGUGCACGGGCAACCAGUCCCACGUCUCGCACGUGUGUGUGGAGUUGCGUGUGUUGCCAACAUCGCCGCCAUUGACCACCGAGUCACUCACACAGCCGUACACUGGAGACUCUUCCGACACUCCUAAGGAGAGCUGUAAAAUCUGCACUCAAUCAAACCCCGAUGUGUCAGCAGUGAACACAAUACCGCGUCCUAUCAAGAGCUGUCUCAAGAAGCGUCCGCCCCAGCUAUCGUGGAGCACCUCACUGCCGUCCAUCCACCACGAGAGCAAUGAGCAGAACAACUCCCAUCUACAGCUGGUAGACACACAGUCCCAAACCCCCACCACACACAGCACAUUCACGCAGACAGACAAAGUGCUGCACAAGAUAUCCCACGACCUGGACUUCCUGCUGAACAGGACGCCCAGCCGCGUCGCCAGCACCUGUCCGCAGGAGAUAGAGGAGGCACCCACUUAGUGCACAGACAUGUAACGUGUAGUUGUAAGUUACUUGGUAAAAUGAAAACAGGGAACAAAUAUGACUAUGUAAAAUGUAGUAAUUAAUGUAAAUAUGUAUGUAUGUAAUAACAAAUUGUUAUGAUUGUAUCAAAUCAGGGUAUACCAAUGUUUUGUUCAGCGCAGACUUAAGUUCUAUCUUUGAAGUUUGAUUGGCCGU